UUCUCCUUUCCACCGCGGGGCGCAUGCGCAGGUUGUUUGUCUCGAUUCAUUUGAAAAUAACCCGGGAGAGACGGAGGACAUCGAAGGGAGCCGAUCAGUCAUCAAUAAGAUUACAAGCCCGAAUCAGGAUCUGAUCCAGGAAGAUGGGGGAUUUAGAGGAGGUCAGUCAACAUGUUCAGGACCGGAUUUCAUCUUUGAGAAGGACCCUGGACCUGUCUGUCAUCGAUUUUCCACAGAAUAAGAUGAAGAAGCUGGGACAGGAGAUCUUUGCUCUGGAGAAACUUCUGGAAGACUUUGAGAGAUGUGUGGACCAUCAGAGAGACCAGCUAACUGUCCUGAAGGAGCUGGAGGCGUCACUCCACAAAGACCUGGAGGACGUGAGUCACAUGAAGGAGAACAUUCCUGCUCACAUGCCCAAGAAAGAAGCUCCAGCACCAGCUCGUGAGGCCGUGGUAAAGGCGGGCGACGCUGCAGAUGUUCAACCGCCGCAGCAGGAACAGGUGAAGAAGAGCAGCCGCACCUUCAUCAGACAGAUGGACUUCAUCACCGUGGCAGAGUUUGACAGCAUCCCUCUGUACAUGAGAGGACGGGUGUCAUACGACCAGCUGAACGCGGCCGUUCAGGGCAUCAACACAUCAGUCACAGCCAAAUAUAAAAUCCUCCAUCAGCCAAUCAGAAGUCUCAACAAUCAUUCCAGAAAGCUGCAGCAGCGCUUCAAGGAGCAGGAGACCAAAGACACCAAAGGUCAGUUCUUCGUGGUGGAGGAUGACAUCAGAGAGUUUUCUCAGGUGAAGGUGGACAAACGCUUCCAGGGAAUCCUCAACAUGCUGAGACACUGUCAGCGAAUCAGAGAGCUCCGAGGGGGCGGCCUGACCCGCUUCCUGCUGCUCUGAGGGAGCUUCUACAGGGUUUCUAGGAAUAGAAUAAGAUUGCCUUGAAUAAAACUACCUAAACAGACAUUUUGAGGGACACCUCUCUAUUUCUAGUGAGUCUGUUUUUUGUCUGGCACCUUGAGAAGUGUUUUCCUUGAGGGUGCUCCUUUUUUGCUUUUUCAGUUUCCUCAGGGUUCCCUCAGGGCUGGGCUUUGACUCAUACAGACUGUCUAAAGUCCAGUCCAGACCCCAGAUUUCUGUUGAGACCAGCCUCACUGCUGACUCUGAACAUGCUGACCCUGUACCAGUUCACACGGCUGGGACUGGAGGAGCCGGUCCCUCUCAGACCCUCGGAAUAUUUCUGCAGCCUAAAUCUGUCCGUACAGCGGGACGGUUCUGAACAGGCGUUGGUGUUUCACGUGUUUUUUUUUAACUUAUUUUUUACAGUUAGAGUGUCAGGGCAUAUUAAAGUUCACCUCAUCCAUCAGUCCUUCUCAUAUCAAUGUCCUUUUUGUCCAGUAAGCGCUCGUGUCCUCUUCUGUCUUCCUGAAAUCAGUCCAUUUUUCCCACUUUUCCAAAAAUUGUGUUUCCUGUAAUCUUAGUUUGUGUGUCAGCUUCUCCAUUACAAAUAUUUCCUGGACAGUGCACACCCACUGCUCCCCAGUCGGUGGUUCUGCUUUAUGCCACAAUCUGGUGAUUACUUUCUUGCUUGCUGACAAUAGUAUUUUAACAAGGAACUCAUCUUUUCUGUGUAUUAUAUCAUGUAAUGAAUUUCCUAAAUACAAUUCUUAAAUGUUUUGGGUAUCUGAUAUCCUAUUAUUUUUUGCAAACUUUGCCAUAUUUCAUCCCAAUACCCUUUUAAUUUUGGGCAUGACCAGGAUAUGUGUGUAUGGUCUGCAUCAACGUGUUCACAUGAUCUCCAGCACAGUUGUUGUGUAGAUACCAAUUUACUCCUAAUCUUUGGUGUUAUAAAGAACCUGACAAUAUUUCUCCAGUUAAACUCUGUCCACGGCUAGUGGCCGUGCACUGCGAUUUACACAUGAGAAACCAUUCCUCUUCUGUUAUUUGUUCUUUCAUCUCUUUUUCCCUUUUUUCUUUAAUAUACAGUGAAGAAUCCCUGGAUAACAUCAAACUUUGAUAUAAGAUUGAGAUUUCUCUACUCUUCUUCUUCUCAUAGGCUCUCUGAAAUACCCCAACAAUUUCAUUAUUCGUGUCGGCUUUCACCUCCUUCUCAAAACAAUCCUUUAGUUGUAGGUAAUGAUAUCGUUCAUUUUCAUCCAAUCCAAAUUUGUCCCUUAACUUUCAAACCUCUGCAGCUCGCCCUGUUCCACCAUUGUUCCACCAUUGUGCAUACUGCAGUAAUUCCCUUGUUUGCCCAUUGCUUAAAACCUUUAUCAGUUGUUCCUGGUAUAAACCUAGAAUCAAAUGCAAACCAACUCAGCAUCCCUAUCGCUUUCUCCAGUUUAUACCUUUCAACUACUGUAUUCCAUACUUCAGUUGUGGUUUUAGUCAUUGUGUCCCGCCGGCUACCUAGUUUUUUCGCUAGUCCUUUGUGUGCUAUUAAGUUUCGUACCUCCAUGUCUGUCGCACCAAGUUCUAUAUUUUUCCAUCAUUGCACCAAUAUAUCAAAGGUCUGAUUUGUGCAGCAUAAAAAUAUUCUUUAAGGCUUGGCAAGGCCAGACCGCCCUUUUCUUUAGGGAGCUGGAGGGUUAUGUAUCGGAUCCUAGGUCUGUUUCCCCCCCUAUAAAUCUUGGUAUCCAUUUAUCCCAUUCUAUCAACUGUUUUUGUGGAAUUAUCACUGGCAGAGAUUGAAACAGAUUUAAACGUCUCAGUAGAACAUUCGUCUUAAUUAUUUCUAUCCUUGAACUGAAGUUCAAGCAAAUAGCUGACCAUCUCUCAAAGUCUCUCCUAAUUUCUUGGUUUAUUUUGGUAUAGUUUGCAUCGUAUAGCUUAUCUAUUUCCUUUGUAAUGUUUACACCCAGAUAUUUCACUGAUUUAGCAUUCCAUUUGAGCUUGUAUAUGUCUUGAACUUUUUGCAGCGGGGAAUAAUUUAUUGCCAAAAUCUGUGUUUUUGUGACAUUAAUUUUGUAUCCUGAAUAUUCUCCAUAAUAUUCUAGCAAUCCCAUUGUUUUAGGAAAACUUUCAUCAGGAUACUUUUAAAAAAACAAUAUAUCGUCGGCAAAUAAUCCUAUUUUGUGCUCCUCCCCUCCUAGCUUCACCCCUUUUACUUCUUCUUCUUGUCUAAUCAUUUGGGCUAACGGCUGGAUAAACAGCGCAAAGAGACUUGGAGAGAGGCUACAUCCUUGUCUAGUCCCCCUUUCUGUCAAACUGCCAUUUAUUUUAAUCCUUGCCUUGGGUUCCUGAUACAUUCAUCUAAUACAAUUGACAGACUGUUCAUUGAAUCUGAAUUUUUCCAAUACCCUGUACAAAAAAUUCCAAUUUACACUGUCGAAAGCCUUUUCAGCAUCUAUGCUUACCAGAAUUGCACUUCCCCGUCCCUUUGGAUGUUUUCUGUAACAUGUAAACUCCUCCUGAUAUUAUCUUGUGUUUGCCUCUCUUUAAUAAACCCACACUGGUCCUCAUGGAUCAGAUCCUGCA